AUGACUACACCAUAUGAGAAUAGUCGCCUCAAAAGAAUUGCAGAGAAUAAGAAAAAGUUAGCGGCUCUCAAUCUUCCUACACUCUCUCAAUCCCUUCACAAAUCAUCAGAGUCUUCUUCCAAACCAUCACUGUCUGUGAAGGGCCGUUCAAGGUUUGUACAACCUGGAGAGCUUGAAGUAAAUAAGAAGCGCCUACGUUCAAUUACAACUCGCAAAUCAUCAAUAACCCCUCCACCAAUGGAAACUACAAUAACCCCUCCACCAAUGGAAACUACAAUAACCCCUCCGUCAAUCCAAAUUGCAAAAGAUGUUGUGGUAGAAGAUGAGGAUGAAGAUGACAUGGUAGGAGAUGAGGCUAAUGAUGUUGUGGUAGGAGAUGGGACUGGAGAUGUUGUAUUAGGAGAUGAGGCUGAAGAUGUUGUGGUAGGAGAUGAGGCUGAAGAUGUUGUGGUAGGAGAUGGGACUGGAGAUGUUGUGGUAGGAGAUGAGGCUGAAGAUGUUGUGGUAGGAGAUAGGACUGGAGAUGUUGUUAAAGUGGCUAAAUCUGAGUAUUGGGAUGUAAAUGUCAUUAACGAGGAAGGUUAUGUUUCAAACACACGUUUAUGUGUGAAAGACUUGGUUGCGAAAUCAGAGCCUGAUGGAACAUGGAUAAUACUUGAAUUCAAUAAGAAUAAUUGUGCAGUAGGACCGGUGUUGUACCCCAAAAUUUGCCCUCCCAUAUUCUUCAAGAAAUUGCCAAGCCAAGUCACAAAAUUCCCCAAGGGUUAUGCAGUUUAA